CAGAAAAUAAACAGACGUGCUUUUUUGCAGUGUUUAGCCGAUGUAGUUUUAGGAUUUAAUUUUAUCCUAAUAAUAUUGUGUGAAAAGUGCCCAAAUGCUUCAUUUAACGGUGAAAGUUUGAGAUUUUUUGUAAAACUGUUAGUGGUACAAUUAUUUCGAUCAAAAUGAGCGGUGAAUCGCCUCCUAUGGAACUCUGUCGAACGUGCUGCAAGCCGCAGGAUCCGGCGGUCAAACAUACUAUGCUCGUUCCGGUCGCUGCCACCGGUCAGCAGAGCGGUCUAACGAUCAGCGAAAUGAUCUACCAGCUGACGGAAAUUCUGGUAACGCUGGAGCCGCUGCUACCGCAGCACAUUUGCACGGAUUGUGUGGUGUCACUGGAGGCAGCCCAUGGCUUCCGGCAAAUGACGAUCAAUAGCAAUACGGUGCUGCUUGAUCGCCGGGACCAGCAGAAGCAGCUUGAGGAAUCCGAGGCGAAUCCGGACGAUGAUGGUGAAAUGUUAGUAAUAAAAGAAGAGACCUUCGAUGUGGACCUGGACACGGAAGAUUCAAACCUCUACAGCUUGCUGGAGCAAGAAGUUUAUGGUGAGACGGUGCCUGAGAAGAAGAAGAAGCCUUCGGUUAGAAAGAGCACUAGAAAACGGAAACGGUGUCAGACUUUAGCGGAGAUCGUAAUGAAGGAAUGCGUCGAGAGAAGGGGAGAUCGAUAUUUUUGCAUAGCUGACCCCAACAGCAACUGCCAACGUUCGACCACUUUGUACGGUUGGGAUGUUGGAAAUACCAUUAGGCAUUGUCGUGCGAUGCAUAAAGCGGUCGCACUCGCACAUGGACUGUUUAAAGAGCCCGACCAACCCCAGUCGUCGUCGGUCGCUAAAUCGAAAUCGAAGCCGAAGCCGGAUCGUCAGGCACCGAAACAGAAACUAGGUGCCUCCGAGCAGAAGAAGCGUACCUUCAGGCGCAUCGCGCGGGAAUGUAUGCAUAAAAAAGAAGGUCGAUUCGUUUGUGCGAUUACCGGUGAUAGCACUGACUGCACCUAUAACCAACGCGCUUUGGACAUGGGAAAUUUCAUACGACAUUUUCGGGUAAGACAUACGGACCUUGCCCUGGCGAAGGGUUUGCUCAAACCGGAAGAGAAACUGCUGAUGGAAAUGAAGCAGGCCAGGAUAAAAAUUGCAACCCAAGCGACGAAACUGAUCGUUCGGGAGAUUCGACAAGAAAAAGGUUAGUACCUAGUACUUGUUAAAACUUUAAUGUAGGUUUCAAAUUGUGUUAGAGAAAUUUGUGUAUGUUCGGUAAAAUGCGCCGCAAUUUGGCAAUAUUGUAACCACCAAUGUUGACAGCAGUCUCUCCUCACUGGAGCCACCAAAUGUAAAUGUCAGCACUUACACUUCGUGGUGUUUUUCUCCGUAGUGAGGCUGAAUUCAGCCACAUACUUUCCAGGCUGCCGCGAACAUCAAUCGAUGUCGUCGGCAAUGAUGGUAACCACAGUACCUAAUUGCACGGUACCGUUGCGAAAGGAGUUGGUAUUCGAUUCCGCAUGUACCGAUCAACGGACAAGAAAAACGCACUGAACUGUCGACGACUGAAACUAUUCACUAAGGCUCGAAGGAUUGAGUGGUAGAUAAAUAAUAUGAUUACAUAUUAUUGUUAUGGCUAAUAGAUUGCUUUAAAAAUUCUUCCAAUAGGGAAUUCCUCCUGCAAUUCCUUUGGGCAUUUCUCCAGGAGUUUCUUCAGGAAGUUCUCUAGGUGUUCCUCCAGGUAUUUCAUCGGGAACUCCUUCAGGAUUCCCUGCGAGAAUGUCUUGAGAUGUUCCUUCGAGGUUUCCUUUGGAAAUUGCUUCAGGUAUUUCGUCGGGAAUUCCUCCAUGCGCUUCGUCUGAAAUUCUUUUAGAAGUUCCAUCGGGAGUUCUUCCAGGAGAUUCGUCGGGAAUAUCUCGUAAGAGUUUCUCCAGUAGUUCGUUCGGGAAUUUCUCCCAAAGUUCCUCCUUCUGGAAUCCAUCUAGAAGUUCCUUCGGCAGUUCCUUUGGGAAUGCCUCCAUGAUUUUCUUUCAAAACUUUUCCAGGUGUUCCUUCAGGAAUUCCGUUUACAUUUCCUUCGGACGUUCCUCCCGACAAAAAUCCUGAAGCUUUUUCCCGAUAUAAUCCUCGAGAAAUUUUUGAAAAUUUUGAAGGAAUGCAUCAAUGACACCAACUUUAUGCGUUUACCGCAUGUAAAUAGAGGCGCACCGUAUCAUCGCUACAGCAGUGGAGUUAUGUCAAACACACAAGGCUACGGUGGCGUUAUCUGUUCAUUUCAUAGCGGCUGUUCUGUUAUUUUUGUGAUCCAUUCGCGGAGUAACUACUGAAGAAAUUUUUGAAGAAACUCCUGGUGAGAUUUCGAAAGGAACUCCCGGAGGAAUCCCCCAAGGGGAUUUUCAACGAACUUCUAGACUAAUUGCAGAAGAAACUCCUAAAGAAAUUCCCGAAAGAACUCAUGCAGAAAUUCUCGAAGAAAAUUCUGAAAUUCGUUCUCUAAAGAAUUAACGAAGAAAUCCCCUGUAGAACUCAAGAAUAGGGAAAUUGUCGAAAAAAGUUAAAAAAAAACAUGAUAGAAAUCCUAGAAGAAUUGUCGAUGUAUUUCCUAGGUUCUCAACAACACAAUUAUAACUGAUACAGUUAUUCUACAUUUCAAAAUAUUUUGUCCUUGGUUUGUUCUUAUAAUGAUAAAAUUAAUUUUUAUUUAGUUAUUUUUCUUUACAAAUUCAGUUAUUGUUGUUGUUCUUUUAGCUCUUAUUCUCAACAAACCAAUAACAAGUGUUGCUAUUCAGAUAUUUAUUUUUAAUGGCAAAAUUGGAUCUUCUUUUGUUAUUCUCUUCUGCCUGGAAAUGGUGGCAACCAGCCUAUGCUUCAAGAUUUUACAGAUUUUUCCAGUGAAAAUUACUUCGGCACCUAUCACCGUUACCUUUCCGACUGGCUCCAGACUUGCGUCCAACUUCGGAAUAUGUAGAACGUUUCUCCAUAAUGCCGUUCGUAAACCAAGGAGAACCAACGGCAACGCAUCAGUCCAACUUGAUUUAUAGGGGGUUGUGGGGCAAGAUGGCCAUAUGGGGCAACAUGGCCACCCUGUCUUUUAAGCAUUAAUUCGCAACCCAAAAAUAUUUUCUGCAUGGGUUGUGAUUAUAAACAAUGCUUUAUGUUUAUAAUGUGAAGCUACUGUUAGUUUGAAAAAUCUGCUAUAAAAUAGUGUUUGAAGUUUGAGUGUUCAAAAACAGUGUUUUCUUAUAGUAUCAGGUCAUCUGAUUUUAAGGAUUAGUAAUGAAAUAACAUCGUUUUAAAAAAUAUUUUUAAUUUUUAAUGGUGUGACUGUUGUUCAGCCUCGACAAUAAAAUUUCAAUGUUUUAAAUUAAUUAUGUCAUAUAAAAAAUAUGUUUAUCAUCGUAAUCAUUCGGGGCAAGAUGGCCACCUGUGGUAAGGCCUAUGUCGCCAUCCAAAAAUCAAUCUAAAGCAGCCUUAAAACGUUAUUGAUGUUUAGAGAUAUUGCAAAACCACAGAAAAUUGCUUUUCAUUUUAGUUGAAGCUGUUAAAAUUAAUUACGAUGGAGAUGAUACCUCAGAAAUACUUUGAAGUUAUUUGCUGUUGAACGGUGAUUGGUUUCAUUGAAUAUUUUGGCACAGGGAUGGAAAAUCGUAGCUAAAACCGCUAUAAGGGUUCGUAACAAGACGUUGAAUUACAGUAUAAUGCAUGAAAAGAGUAGUAAUGUAUCUAAAUCGUUUCGAGAAAAACAAGUUGGCUGAAAAAAUAGACCAAAUCAUAGAACAUGUCCAAAUAAAUUUCUAUCAAUUUUAUUUCAAACAUUAUCAUAAAGAAAAUGGUGGCAAAUACCACACCAUCUGUAGGCAAAGCGUUGCGGAUGAUUCGACCUUGGUUUAUUGAACGUUGCUUAGGGAUUAAAACAUACUAAUUGUAAAAAUUUAGCUCUGUGGCCGUCUUGCCCCGAUGGGGUGGCCAUCUUGCCCCAUAUGGCAAAAAUUCUAUGUCGAAAGUAACAUUUUUCAAAUGAAUUUAUUUUGCAAUGGUAGUGCAAAAUAAAAUGCUUUUUUGUGUUAAUAGGGACUGUUCAAUUUAUAAAACGGACAACUUGCUUGUGCGAUAUCUUUUUUAUUUUUCAAUAAAAUCAUUAUCAGUUUUUUGCAUAACUUUCUAUAGUUAUUCUCAAAUGUAGAAAAAAUAUAAAAUUAGACAAAAUGUCCUUUUUUGUCUAACUGAAGCGGUUUUCGUAAAACAUCAAUAAAAACCCAUUUCUCAAAAUUCGACAUAACUUUCCACAUACUAAACAUGCAUAUUUUCAUGAAAUUUUUAAUGUAUUGGAAUCUUAUACUACUCUACUAAAGGUAAAGCUCAAUAGUUGGUAAGUAAUAACGCACCAAGCAGCCUCCAGCUUGAUACAGUAAGUUGCCUUGUUUACAAAGAAAUUAUUAAAAAAUGUGAUGCAAUAGCACAACGGAUUCGGCUCAAAAUUUGUCCAGAGCAGUAGAAUACUGCUUUCUGGAUGAUACAGAAGAAAAAUUUACUUUUAAUUGCAUUCUUCAUCAAAAAAUUUAUUCCAUGAAGAUGGUCAUAGUAAAAACUGCAUAUUUUUUGCUCCAUUAAUGGCGAUUUUCGACUCUAGCGAAUCUUGUUAUUAUUUAUUUUCAACAAAGUUGAUUCUAUGUUAUUGUAUACCUUAUUCAAUAACAAUCGGAGGUAAAAUUUUAUAUUUUCAACAUCAUUGUUAUGUAAAAUUUGCAUUAGGUUGCAUUGUUAUUUGAAAGAACCUUCAAAGAACGAAACUGAUUCGAUUACUGUGCCUGUAAUGGCACACAGUAACCAAACCAGCAAUGCUAUUACGAAGCAGUUUUCUGCAUUUAAAACCACAUCAUUCCUACUUCCGACUGGAUGUAUAAAAAAAAUGUUUAUUGAAUAUGUUCAUGCCCUUUUUGCUUUACAAUGAAAUUUGAAUCAAAAAAUCGAAUCUCACUUGAGACUUUAAUAUUUCAACAACUAAUUUUCCAAUUGAGUUUAAACUUCGCCAGAAUGUUUAUUACUCAUGCUGCUGCAGUAUGGCACAUACUUUUCUGAUAAUCAAAACGAUAUACCAUAUGUGAACAGUAGUUUUGUGUAUAUUUUCAAUUUUCAGCAAUCGUAAAAUUCACCUCAUUUAACAUUUGGUCGAUUUUCUAUGAAAUAAAACUAUUUUUAUCCGAUUCAAAAAUCAUUACUAUAAUGACAGAUGAUGUACUGAACAACGAAACAAGGGUGGUUAAAUUUGAACUACGCGUCUUCUUUUUAUAGCCUUGUAAAGUUGUCCGUUUUAUAAAUUGAACAGUCCUUAAGAUAGAAAAGACAUGAAACAAAGGGAAUGAGUGUUAAAUAGCCAUAUUCUAAUGAAAGUAUAUGCUCCGAAGGCGCCUAAGCUUAGGGUGGCCAUCUUGCCCCACAACCCCCUACGAUUCCAAAACCGUUUUGAGUGGUCUAUGCCAGCACUCCAUCAUCCCAUUUGCCUGUGGAUGGUAGGGUGUAGGGUGUACACUCAGAGCCGUAGCGUGGUGCCAUGGCGCCCUUGGCAAGCACCCAGAUUGGCGCCCCACGACAAUUGGACAUUGUUAAUAAGCAAAACUUUGUAGCAUUUUAUUUUUAUAAACUUCUUAAAAGGAUUGAUUGCGGUGGUUCGAAGACACAAAUUCACGCCAAUUUUUUAUGUGUUUUUCCUUGGGAAUUUCAAUGAGAGUUGUCCAAUUUUUUUCUGUUAUACGAGUAGAAGUACGAACACAUUUUGCAUUUCACAUUUCAUAUUUUUACAUUUCAGAUUUCCAUUUUUUUUUUUUCAAGAAAACUCGCAAUAUUUUUCUUUUCUUAAAUUUUUGUUCAACUGAAUUUUGUUUUCAAUUGGUUCUUCCAAAAUAUUUUCCAGAAGAUCUGUAAGAAAUUUUUCAGUAAUCAUAGACGAACCAUGGAUAUGGAAAAAUACAAAGAGGAAUUCUUAAAUAAAUCUCCAUUUCAGCUUUUGUUGGAUUCUCUGGUAGAAUGCCUGCUGGAAUUACAGAAUGAAAAUAUGCAGGAAUCACUUAAGGAAUUUCUGUAGGAAUAUCCAGUGCAAAUGUAAAUCCAGGCCAGGAGACAUAUUAGCAAGAAUUCCCAAUGGAAUUCAUAGAGUAAUUCUUGCAGGAACUCUUGGAGUAGUUCGUGAAGGAACGCCUGAAGGAAUACCUGUAGGAAUUUGUGGUGAAACAUUGGAAGAAUUUCCUGAACGAGUACUUAGAAGAGUUUAGACUGUUGAAGUUUCUUAAGGAAUCUGUGGUAGGCUUUCAAAAGUAUCCUUUGAAGAAAUUUUGUAUAAAAUCAAUGGCGAAUUUUCCAACAGAAUACUCAGAUAAAUUUCUGAAAGAAUCCCAAAUAUAUGGUUUUCUGAAAGAUAUUACGAGAAAAUUCAUGAAAGGCUUUCUAGGGGAAUCCUAGCAGAAAUUAAUGGAGCAAUCUCUAGUGAACAUGAAACAAUUUCGGAAUGAAAGGUUUUGUGAGCACUAUGAAGUUAUCUAUACAAGACGGAAUUUGGUGGAAUCGUCUUCGUUUGAAGAUGUGUGUUUCGGAUUUCGGAUCUCGGAGACGGGUCUGACUGAAAUAAUUGAGAUCGACUUCAAGCAGAUCAAUACAGAUGCAACGCUCAGAGUCAGUGGACUACGCAGAACUAGGUGAAAUAUUUCAGAUUACACUCUACGUACUUAUUGUUAUAUAUUGUUCUAUAACUACAUGUACAUUGAAAAUUCGCUAUUUUCAACAUCCUUUCAUCUAUUGGAAGCUGCUUCAGUUCUGGGCUCCUUCUAAGUUGAUGAAGGGAUUUAUAAAUGCUUGCAAGGACUUGGCCAGGUGUGUGGAGCUGAGUGGGUCUAUGACAUUGUAGAUAGUAUCGACAUCAGCAAUGUCAAUGGAUAUAUUCAGCUUUGCAACUACAUCCAUGAUUUGUGCAAGUAUUCCUAAAGGAAACUUUAGUUAAUUUACUAAAAAAAAUAUAUAGGCGAUUUUCUAAAAAAUAUCUGUAGAAUUUUCUGAAGCAACUUUUUUGCAGGGUUUUUUAUAGGAAUCUAUGGAGAAACUACUGAGGAGAUUUACAGUUUCAAAGUGAACCUUUAAGACAUUUUUGCAGGAAUCUCUAUAAGAAUUUCUGAACGAAACUCUGGGAAAUUAAAAAAAAACAUAUUGAAGAUUUUCCAGGGAAAAAAACCUAGAAAAAAUGUGGAAUAGUAGUAAUGAGAAAUAUAAGUGUGAAGGUUUUGUGGAGGAAUUUCUGAAGGUAUCCUUGUAGUAAAUUUACAAAUCUAUCACUGAAAUAUUUUGGGAAUAUCUGCUGAAAGUCCUUGAGGAAAAUUUGGAAGACUAUCUAAUAAAAUCUAUAGAGAAAUAUCAGGAGUAAUUUAAUGACUAAUUAGGAAUUUAUUAUCCUAGAUCAUGAAUUUCUAAAGGAAUAAAAGAAAUAUUUAAAUGAAUGCGUAGAGAAUCCUCAGAAGCAGCCUCAAGACAUUCUUUUGUGAACAUGCUUAGAAAUUUUUAAGAAGUACUUUCACUAGAACUUUGAAAGCAUAUUGAUUUUGCUUUUGUAACCGUUCGGUUCCAAUUUGAACUUGAAGGCUCCACCUCAAGUAACUUUUCCCGAAAUAAGACCUUUUCAUAAGGCAAUCAAGAACAGUCACGCUCACUGGUCGAGGAAUCGCGAGUGAGUGCGUGUUCGUCAUUGAUGCCAUGCCAGGCCAGAUAA